AUGGGCUACGGGCCGCAGUCGGGCGGCAGCCCAUUCUUUGCGGGCCCAGAGCAGCACGGCGGCGGUGCGUUCGGAGCGCCCCCGCACCGCGAUUCGCCGUCGCUGCGUGCAGCUACCUCCCCCAGCUCCGCCUACCAACACACGAACCCGGCCUCGGGCAGCGUCAGCCCGCUCAACUUUGAGCAGUCCAACUCGCAUGGCUCCGUGCACGGCGGCGGAAGCUACGAAUACGACCGGCUGGCCAAAGGCGCACCUGGCUCUGGCUCUGGCUCCGGCAGCCUUGGCCCUCUACGGUCAAACAGCUCAUCGACCAACGGCCCGGGCUCGCCCGCCAGCAACAGCAUCCACAACGGUGUCGCCUCUUCGUUCACUGGCAGUUCCGCCUCGAGCUUCCUAUCGUCGCCGGCCUCGAACAAUGCCAGCGCAGCCGCUCCCCUGCACCUCGGCAACAGCAACGCCGCCGCCGUCGGCAACAAGGGAUUCGCCUCGCUCGUUGGGUUGAGCCGAUCGAGCAACAGCAGUGGCAGCCGAGCCGGCUCGUUUACUUCGAUGGGCGGCCUCGCAUCGGUUGUGGGCGCGGGCGGAGCUGGGCAGCCGAACAACGUGGUCGCAUUCAGCGAUCGGGUCAGGACUGCGAGCGACCACUCGCGCCACAGCAGCAACGGGGGUCGCGGAGCGACGGCAGGGCAGGGUGGCGGCAUCGGCUCAAGCGCCAAUCAGCAGGCCGCAUACGGCAGGCAAUCGCAGUCGCCGCUUGGCUCGUCCGCGACGAGUUUCGGGCUGCCGCCGUCCUACGGCAGCCGGUCUCGGGACAUGGAGGAUCCCGUCGAGGCCGCCAUCCACCUGGCUACCAACGGCGUGGGCGCAGUCAAUCUCGGGCCUGGCGCAGCAACCGCCCGCUCGCCCUUGGGCCUAGCCUCGCCUCAUUCCGGUCAUCAGCAUCAGCAGCAGCAUCAGCAGCAGCAGCAGCAGCAGCACCGGAAGCCCGCUGCUCCGACCAGCAUCAAUCUGUCGGCCGCUUCGCCGGCCUCGAAUAUGAGCUCUGACUCGGCUCCGUCGUCUGGUCGACCGCAGUUUGCCCGGCACUCGCUGUCGGACGGGCCGGCCUCGGUCGACUCGGGCCAUUCGCUCGACGGCGGACCGCAUCUGCUGGCGCCAGACUCGCGACAGUCUUCGUUCCCGGGACAGCCGCAGUCACAGCCCCAGCACCAGAGCUCGCCAUCGCCGUCGAUGUACGGCUCCCAGCAGCAGCACGGCCACCAUGCGCAGGCCCUUCCGGCGCCACCGCCGACGACAGGCCCGCUGUCAGCGUCGGAUCCACGGACCCAGCUGUUGGUCUCGAACCUUCCCUACCGCGUGCGGUGGCAGGAUCUCAAGGACCUGUUCCGCAAGGCAGGCACGGUGCUGCGGGCGGACGUAUCGCUGAGUCCCGACAACCGUAGCCGCGGCUACGGCAGCGUGCUGAUGGCCACCGAGGAGGACGCCGUCAAGGCGUCUGAGAUGCUCGAUGGCUUCACCUGGCAGGGGCGGACGCUCGAGGUGCGCAUCGACCGCAGCGGCGCCCUCGUCGGUGUCGCCGGCAGUGCCGCCACCUUCAGCCAGCCCAACUCGGCCGUCGGCGUCAUCUCGCCCUCGCCUCACCACGGCGGCUCGGCCUCUAGCAGCUUCCUCAACAUCCCGCAGCAGCUGGGGUCCCAUGGACUCAACAGCCCGGCGGGCACGCUCGCCUCGGGAUCCUCGCCAGCCUUGUCGCCGGCCUCGUCCCUCACCGCCUCCCAGACCACGAUCACGGGGGGCCGCAGCUCGAGCUUCUCGUCGCUCGGCGGCCCCGCCAGCAACGACGACCUCAGCGGCCUGUCCGACUUUGAGCGCGGCUUCAUGCAGGGCCAGAUGCGAAGCGCUGCCGUGUUGCAGCAGCAGGCGCAAGCGCAGCAGCAGCAGCCAAGCGGCGACCAGGGUGCAGCCCUCCGCCAGUUUGGCGGCGGCGCUGGCAACGGCGGAUCUGGACAUGGCCAGCGACCGCUGUCAUCCUCGGUGCACGGCUCCGGCGCCGCCGAUCCGGCUGCCUACGCGACCCAGGGCAACGGCGGCAGUGCUGCCUGGUCCGCGACGCCCGAAGCUGCCGCCGGCAUCGGCUACAGUUCGAAUCCCGGAGGCUCGUCGGUGCCCACCGGCAUCCCCGGCGCCGCGGCGAUGGCGCCCUGGCCGGCGGGGCCCGGCUCGAUGGCCUCUGGCGGCGGCUACGGCGUCCAGGCGCAGCCGUUUGCGCAGGGCGUGCCCCCCGGCGUGGCGACGACGUCGUACGCCGGUCGCGUGCUCUUCGUCGGCAACCUGCCCUUCCACUGCCAGUGGCAGGACCUCAAGGACCUCUUCCGCGCCGCCGGCAACAUCCAGCGCGCCGACGUCGCCAUCGGGCCCGAGGGUCGCAGCCGCGGCUUCGGCACCGUCCUGUUUGCCACGCAGGAGGAUGCGCAGAAUGCGGUGCGCCUCUACCACGGCUUCGAGUACAGCGGGCGCACGCUCAAGGUGCACUUUGACCGCUUCGCCGCGCAGAACGGGCCGGCGGUCGGCACGCCGGGUGCGCCGUCGCAGUACACGGGUGCGUUUGCUGCCGCCCAGCCGCCGUCGCACGUGUCGCACAGCAGCCGCAUGCAGGGCUACCCAUCCCAGCCGCACUCGCACUCGCACUCGGGCGGCGCGAUGCAGCAUGGCCGUCAGCCCGGCCCGAUGGCUCCGCUCGCCGCGAACGGUGGCGGUGGGGGGGCACCCGGCUAUGGCUCGAUGCAGACCCAGUCCUUCUCGGCGCUUGGAUCUGGUGUUCCAGGUGCGGGCUUGGGCCAGCAUGGCGGCCGGCAGCAGCAGCACCAGCAGCAGGCCAUGGCCGGGUACGGGCAGGCGCAGAGGACAGGCGUGGGGCUUGGCGGACCCGCAGGCGGCGCAGGUGGCUACGAUUCACGCCUGCAAGCAGCACAGACCCAACAGCAGCAGCAGCAGCAGCAGCAGCAGCAGCAGCCACAAUACCAGGUGCAGCAGCGGCCGCAGCAGGCGUCCCAGCAACUUCACCACCUGCAGCAAGAGGACCCGCAGCAGUGGCGGCUUCAGCAUCAGAUCCAGCCCGCACCAGCAGCAGCGACAGCCUCCUUUCCAGCAGCAGCAGCAGCAGCAGCAGCAGCAGCAGCAGGCCGCUCAGGCGCAGCAACAGGCCUACGGUCAGGUCCAACAGGACCCCUCGCUGCCUUUUUGCAGUUCGGCCAGCCUCAGCAACAGUCGCAGCAGUCGCGACAGCAGCAGCAGUCGCACACGCGGUUCGACCACGCCGGCUUCGCAACGAUGCGAGAGCAGGACGAGGCUGCGCGCGACCUGCUGCACCACGCCUCGUCCGCAUCGCACGGCUCGUCACACUCGCACUCGCAUUCCCUGUCGCUCAACGGCCCGCUGGGCAACCCGGCCGCCUUCCUGCCGUCGGACCUGAUGUCGCCCGGUCUGACGUCGCCGUUGCCACCGGCACCAGCCGGCGCAGGCUCGAUGGAAGGAAGCGGCGCGCACCCGGGCCGCAUCCAGCUGCCGCCGCAAGGCUUCCACGGCAUCGCCCCCGGCCAGAUGAGCCCGAUGCACGCGCGGAUGAGUGUGCCCAUGACGCCCGGCAUGCCCGGCUUCACCUUCCAGGCCAUCCCCGAGACGCCACCGCUGUACCCGCAGUUCCUCAGCCCGGGCCUGGGACCCUUUAGUCCGCCGCUGGGCACGCCCCACGCCGCUCCGCCGCCCCCUGCUCCUGUUGCUGCCGGCAACAACAGCGUCGCCCCGGGCGGACCGGCCCAGGCACAAGGCUUCAACGGGUCCAUGGGCCUGGCAGACUACAACCCCAUGUUUCCCAUGCACGGCGCCGGCAUGCAGCUUCCGGCCGCGCAGGCCAGCCUGCCGCACGACCACCUGCAGCACCAACACCAGCAGCACCAGCAGCAGCAGCAGCUGCAACACCAGCAGCAGCAGCUACACCAGCAGCAGCAGCAGCAGCAGCUCCAGCAGCAGCCGCCGACGCCGCACUGGUCGCAGGAUUACAGCACCCAUCGACGGCCGUCGGACCGCCAGCCGAUCGGCCCUCUGCGUUCGCGCGUCGACGCCGGCGGGUCCGACUCGAUCAGCCACGUCCCGGACCAGGCCACACGUGCCGACAUUGCCCGCACGCCAGGAGCCGGCCCGCGUCGACUGCCCCCUGCCGCCGCUAGCGGGACCGGAGACCGAUCCGAGGGAGACUUUGGCGGCCUUCGCCGUGCCUCGGACGCGACGCCGGGCACCGUCACGCCGCCUGCCGCCGACGGCUACCCCUUCCCAUUCGUCUCGGGCAGCGGUCCUUCGUCUGCGCUGCUGGCUCGACGCGCCUCGACCAACUCGCCGGCCGGCAGCCCCAUGCCAGGCGGCCCCGGCGAGCGGCGCGAGAGCGACCAUGCCCAGGAGGCUGCGGGCAUGGGCAGCCUGUCCGCCCACGAUGCGCUCGCCUCGGCCAGCGCCGAGGAGCUCGCCAAGACGAUCGCGCGCCUCAGCGUCAAGGGCGCCGCGCUGGCAAAGGACCCCAACGCCAAGCGCAGCCUCAGCAUGACGGCCGAGCGCAGCGCUGCCGCCAACGCCAUGGCGCGCCUGCGCGAAAAGGCGGGCACUCCAACGCUCCAGGCCGCCGGCGACGCGCCCGGUGGCUUUGGCCUCGGCCCUUCGCCCUUUGGUGCGCCUGGCAACCCCACGGGUGCCCAGCACCAGGCGGCGGCGGCGGGCGCCGAGAGCGAUGCCUUCCGCACCGCGCGCGACACGCUGCUGGGCGUCAGCGUGCCGAGCAGCGUCAUUGAGGCGGCGACGAGCGGCAGCGCCCUCGACACGAGCUCGACGCCCUCUGGAUCCCUCAAGAGCACGCCCAACGACGAGACGGGCCCUCCGCCAGCCUAA